UUGAAAGCAGUGGUUUUCCUGUGGUUUGGUUGCUGAUAGCAGCACAACACAGUAACAUGCCCAACUUUUCAGAUCUGAGAUUGAACCUCGGCAUGCCACUGUCUUCAUCAGCCACUAACUCUUACCAGCAGAGCUGCAUACAAAUGACCCUGGAGAACUCAGAGCUAUGGAAGUCUUUUCACACCAUAGGAACAGAGAUGAUAAUUACCAAACAUGGAAGGAGAAUGUUUCCACACUGCAGCAUAAGUCUAUCUGGGCUUCAACCCUUUGCAAAUUAUGUCAUCAUGGUGGAUAUAGUCCCUGCAGACAACUUCAAAUACAAGUGGAAGAAGAAGCAGUGGGAGGUCGCAGGGAAGUCUGAGCCCCAGCCCCCACUUCGGACAUACAUUCACCCUAACUCCCCUGCUGUUGGAAGUCAAUGGAUGGAGCAGUCAUUGUCCUUCCUCAAGAUGAAGCUCACCAACAACACCUUGGAUCAGCAUGGCCAUAUUAUCCUUCACUCCAUGCAACGCUACUACCCACGGUUUCAUGUGAUACAGGCAGACAGUCCACACACUGUGAGUUGGGGGUCGUUUCAGACCUUCUCGUUCCCAGAGACGGUUUUCACUGCUGUUACUGCUUACCAAAAUCCAAAGAUUACCAGACUGAAGAUUGACCAUAAUCCAUUUGCAAAAGGAUUUAGGGAAGGAGGGACCCAUUCUCAUAGUAAAAGGCACCGUUCAAAUAAAAGUUCCCCUACAAAAAAGUCCACAGAAGACAAGAAAAGUCUCUGUAACAGUGAAACAGGCCUACAGAGGAUGCCCUCCCCCUCUCAGUCAGCACAGGCCGGGAAGAAGAGGGCCUGGACGCAGCAGUCACUGAAGACAGGUCACCUUUCCCCAUUGGCCCUAGAGCAGGACUUGUCAGAGAGGACACACUCUGAGCCCCUGGAGCUGCAGGAGUACAACUACAGCUGCGAAGAACAGAUGGUCCCUGCAUACCAACCUUACAGAUCUGUGGAAUACCCCAGAUUCCCAUUACCUACCACUAACCGAGAUCCAACAGAGACCCCGAUCCACGCUCCAUCUCACCUACUCUCCACAAUGGAACACAGCACCCAGCAACAGGAAUACCGCUACAGUUACCAACAGGGCCACCACAGCAACCCAGCAGACUGGAGCCAGUACCCACUUUUCCCGUACUCCUGCUGCUUCUCCACCACCCCAUCACCUCAAUGUGCUCCGAGGUCAGAGACCCUCCCUUUACUUCCUAACAGGUUAAGGGGAGUAGAGAUGUGCUAAUGUUGAGCAGGAUGACCACAACGGAAUCACAACCAAGACACCAAAC